UGACCUCUGGUCUUUGCCGGGAUUGCAUAUGAGGCGCAUCUCGGACUCGAACGACCGUAGCGAAUAAAUAAUCAGCGGACGCUGCGGGAAAUGCCACGGAUAAAUAUCCCGCGGUGAAAAUGUCACGUUCUAAACGCAUCCAGAGAGUGCAGCCGAGCGAGUUACGCAAGCGAGUGUGAGUUUGAACUAUUAGCGGCGGUGAUAUUUCUUCCCUCGUCCGCGUCGGAGAUUUAUCGAGAUGGCCGGUGAUCUUUUCAGCGGCAGGAAGGGAAAAUCCGCGCGCGCGUCGGACGAGCGUGUCUCGCAGGAGGCAAGUUCGCGCCAAUGCAUCGGCAGUCUAACCGCCGGACCAGGCGCGUGUUAUAUGCAUGACAUUGCGUAAAUGACGGGGAAAGUCUCCCCGAGUGGGCCGAGAGAGCGCGGAUAUAAAAUAAAGAGAAAGAAAGAAGCCGACGCUACGAAUUAAUUUCGGGUCAGCGUGGAACGGGAGAAACUCUCGUAACGCUUCGCAGCCGAGUGGUCGUUGGCCGUGAAAAAAAUAUAUGUAUGACACGCUCGACGGUGAACACUGACCUAGAAAAGCGCGGAAACUGUGUGUGUAUGUUAAUCGACUCGCGGGAGUGAAGAUGGAGAAAAAAAAAGGAAGGGAAAGAGAGGCGUGUGUGUACAUACUUUUAUCGACGAACGUAAUCGCAAUUACCGCUGCGCGGCGUAAUUAUCUAAAAUUCACAUCUCGGUGUCGCUCGAUUAACGGGUGUCUGAAGACACUUCUGGUCGUGGCGCAAUGCGGCGACAUAAUGCGCAAGAGCAUCGUCUUCGACAAGAACACCCCGGACGUGUUUUAUUGUCCGCAACACAAGCCGAUCGGUUUCGAGAAGAUGCUAGUCAAGGCAAGGCCGUUGUCCAGGCUGUGCCAGUUCGAGGGUCGCCCGAUACCUGAGGAUUACAAGAGCGACUGCUACAACGACGUGGACGAGACCGAGUACGCGUGCAAGGAAAAGUACAGAAUCAUGAAGCGAUUCAGUAAUCCGGACGGGGAUGUGAAAGCCGUCGACAACGACUACGUCGAGAAGUAAAACGGGCUGCACGGGAGGAGGCUGCACGGUCGAUCCACCCGCACACGCAAUACCAUAAAAUCCAAAUAGAAUCAAAGCCACACCAUAUAUACUAAUGCUCGGAGCUGCAUCGUCCCAGGAGCUCGAUACUCACAAAAUAUAAUACCUAGUACUCGGCGGCGACCAGUAGAUAACUCGUAGUUAUCGCCUCAAGUCAAUGCAUUAUCCAUUUCUUCAUGCAUCACCGCGGUAGACGCGGUAGACGCUGCUGCUACCCGUUGGACGCUGGAUUCUCGCCAUUCCCGCCUAGGAACUCCGUCGAUUCACCGUCAAUCAAACACUCUUCAAUGCCUUCGCGUUGGAACACUCACAGAGUGUAUCCGUCACCGUCACGUUUCAAUCAUUUCUACAAGGGAAAAAAUUGACGGGGGAUCGACGGAUCCUGUCUACCUUCGCGUAGACGGAUAGUGAAAAUCCGAUCUAGAUCGUACACGCUUAACGGAGCAUGUCGUACCGCUCGGCGGAACCAGGCCGGACAGCGCGCAGAGUCUCCCGAGAUCACUCUGAUGUCCAGGACGUCCUGAGAAGUGAGCCUCAGGAUGUCCCGAGAACAUCCAGGAGAACCCCAGGGCGUCUCGCGCUGUCGCAGCAGCUGCUUCGUUAAACUUUCGGAAUGAAGAAACGGAUAACGGAGAGGAAAUUAAUUGACAAACACGCGCGUACGAACAGGACACUCGUGGAAGGAUCAGACACGUGUACUCCGUGAACGGGAGUCUCUUGAAUUCGUUGCGGGGCGCACGCAUAGGCGACCCGAGGCGAGAAACGACAAUAGUGUUCCGUGUUCAAGCUUUGUCAAGGGGGACUUAUUUUGAUAACGUUAUUAAUAAAACUAACCGCAACGGAGCUGGGUAAUCGAUUAAUUAACCCUUUUGACGGAGCUUCGGUGAGUUUUGCUGCUUUCAUGGAUAUACACGUGGAUCCAGCUAAUGCAUAGCUACGCCAGUCGCACCGUUAGCGAUCCAUCCAAUUGAUCAUAUUAGCAUUCCCUAACGGUUACGGACGAUUAGUUACGCGCAUUAAGACGAACUUAUCGAUUAGUAGUAUCUGAUAUUGACAAGCUGAUUAUCUCCGAGAGUAAUCAGACAUAGCGGGAGACAUAUAGUGGCCGGGAACUUCCGUCCGAAUUAUUUUCGAUAGCACGAAUUUCGAUGAUGCGAGAUAUCGACAGAGAUUUCCUUGUCCAUCGUCGUGUAUGAAAGUUUCUUCUAUGUUCGAACGUGUGUGCGUAUAUAAACACAUACACACACACACACACACACACACACACACAUAAUAUAUAUAUCUAUAUAUAUACACACGUAACAAAUAAACCUUUGCAGAAUAAAUAGAUAUUGCUCGUGUGUGAUUUUUCACCAUCAGUUCUCGUCAAGAUAAUAUCGAGAGAAAUACACCUUGCGCGGGCAGCGGACACGUGGCGGUAUGUACCGCAGUCAGUACUUCAGUAGCAUCAAGUACACCAGAGACGAGCGAUCAAUCCCGUGAGAGCGCCCCGGGCGCGGGAGGGAGGCGCUAAUUACGCGCCGAUCAAUUAUCUCCCUAAUGUCCGCGGCGCGCACCAUCACCGUCUGACGUCGGCCUUUGUUUUAGAUGAGACUUCAUCCGCCGGGAAGCGACACGCCUUAUAACGGGACACGCCUGUACAAGUUCUUGGCCUUCGACAAAGAUUUACCGUACGCGCGGAAGAAUCAGGUGUAAGGAGAGCGGCUGCAUCCAAGGACACUACGGGGACGCCUGUCGCGCCUGUCGCGAUGCAGUCGCGCGAGUUGAAACCGAGUCCGUGUUGAGUCUCAACACGUUCGGAAACGAGCGUCGCUCGGACAGUUCCUGUAAACCAAUUAACACUUCGCCGAUGAGACGCGUUCGCCUUCUUUUCACACGGACAAGGAAGUAUUACGCGUUGGCGGAAAUACUUUCUAGCGCGGGAAAUAUCCUUCGCUAGAAAUUACACUUUCCGACCGAAGAGACUUUUUCGGACUUCUUUUGGGUGUCUUGUUGAAUAUAUUAGAUGUAUCAGAUGCUCUCAAGACGUCUCUUGGGACUUUCUGAUGCUUGAGGAGGGGGGAGGGUUAAUAGGUACUUUAGACUAAUUGUUUGCAUUUUUUUACUGUGUGAAAAAUGUAAUUUGUUGAUACGUACGUCCGUUCGGAUUGACUGUUUGGAAAAUUUCUUUGAAUCUGCCGCCAAAGUCCUCAUCAACGAAGUGUUAAUGAAAGAAAGAGAGAGUGAGUCAGUCUUUACGCGAUCGAUCGUGCGGGCCGGUCCCACAAUGAUCGCUCUUAUUUAUUUUCGACGCUUAUUGUCGCGACGCUUGCCUGAAACCAUCUAACGUUCCUAACGUUCGGUUUAACGCAGGUGAAUAAACGAACGUGAUUCUCGUCCUGUAGUGUCAGAUUAUCUCAUGUCCGUGUAACGUGAAAACGUCGAGCGUUUUUCUUUUGAUUGUUCGUAUAUAACUUGUACACUUAUAUAGAUAUAUAAACGAAGAGAGAGAGUAAUAUAUUUUAAAGGGAAAUAUAUCAGGAGAUAUAUAUGCCCGUCGCACUUUUACACGCGUCUUGUGUUACCUGUAAUCGAUAAGUAUCUUGGCGUUGACUAAAUAGUGUGACUAAAUAAUGCGUGCUCGUGUAAAUUAAUAUAUUAAUACAUUUAUUAGGAUGAUAUUUUCAAGGAUAGCUCGAAAUGCCCAAUAUUUAGAUGGGUUACAGUGUAAUUCGUGUUGCGGCAUUCAAUCGGAGAAAUAUAUGCUGAAUACAUUAGA